AUGGCUUACCACAGACAUGCAGGGCCCGGCAGCUAUACUGUGGGCACCAUGUCAGAACGCUUCGACUGCCACUAUUGCCGUGACGCACUGCAGGGGAAGAAGUACGUCCAAAAGGAAGGCCGCCACUGCUGUGUCAAGUGCUUUGAGAAGUUCUGUGCAAACACCUGUGCGGAGUGCCGAAAACCCAUCGGAGCUGAUUCCAAGGAGCUGCAUUUCAAGAACCGCUACUGGCAUGACAGCUGCUUCCGCUGCUUCAAGUGCUCCACCUCUCUGGUGAACGAGCCCUUCAUGCUGAAGGAGCACAACAAAGUGUGGUGCAGCAAAUGCACUACCCUGGAGGAGGCGCCCCGCUGUAAGGGAUGCCUGAAGCCCAUCGUUGCAGGCGAUCAGAAUGUGGAGUACAAGAAGACCGUCUGGCACAAGGAGUGCUUCACUUGCAGCCAGUGCAAGGGGGUGAUCGGCACAGCCAGCUUCUUCCCCAAAGAUGACGAAAUCUACUGUGUCUCCUGCCAUGAGCAUAAGUUUGCCAAGACCUGUGUGAAGUGCAAGAAUGCUAUCACUUCUGGAGGGGUCUCCUAUGAGGAGCGGCCUUACCACGCAGAGUGUUUUGUGUGCGCCACUUGCACAAAGAAGCUGGGUGGCCAGCGCUUCACUGCUGUGGAGGACUUGUUCUAUUGUGUCGAUUGUUACAAGAACUUUGUUGCCAAGAAGUGUGGUGGCUGCAAGAACCCCAUCACAGGCUUCGGGAAAGGCUCCAAUGUGGUCAGCUACGAAGGUCGAUCCUGGCAUGAUUAUUGCUUCAACUGCAAGAAAUGCUCCAUCCCGCUGGCUAACAAGCGUUUUGUCUGUCAAAACGAGCAAAUUUACUGCCCUGAUUGUGCCAAGAAGCUGUAAGGGAUGAUCACAGGGGUGCCAC